AUGACACGGAGGCACACAUUGACUAUGAAGAUAACUUCCCCGAUGACAGAUCGAUACCUGUUGCUGAGAAUGACCAUGCCAAUGGCAGAGGGGGAAACCAGCAGCAGCAGGAGCAGCUUUCCUUCGGUAAAAGCUCAGGGGGAGGAAGAACUGGAAGCACCAAAGGAGUUACUCAGAACACAGACGCUUCUGAAGAAGGAAGCAGGGCACCCACCGAGUCCCCCGUGUCACUCCUAAGCCAAAAGAACUUGUUUUGGUUUCCAUCAGAGGCUUUUGGUGAGCCUGAAUCAGUGAAAGAGACAGAUGACUCCAGCAGGGCACAGUUCUCUGAAGGCAAUAACCACAUUGGAGUGAAGCCAGCCCACGAGGAGCACGGGGCCAAGCUGUUCUAUGACAGUGAGGACUUCCCCCUGGGGCCCGUGCUGGCAGCUAACGGUACCACGGCGGAGAUGGACGCAGCCCCCAUCACUGACGAGUCCUGGCUGGAUGGCUACCCAGUGACACAAGAAGUGGUCGAGGAGGAUGAAGAGGAGGGGGAUAAAGUUGAUGGCUCGAUGGGAACAGAGGAGGAUGUCAUCCUCACGACUGACCAACCCAAUCACGACGGCGUAAGAGAAGAGGGCGACGGCAGCCUGGCUCCAGAGGAAGGUUUGACACAGAUCGUGGCAGCAACGACAGGGAUUGAGGAUGGAGAGGCCCAAGAGACACCGAUCCCACUCACCCCAGUGAGCAGUCUGGAGAGCUUCAGUGUGAGCAGAGGUUACGACGGCGCCGCGUGGGACCAGCCGACUACAGCUCUGGAGCUGGUGACCCAGGAGCCCGGUACGACGCUGCUGUUUGACAUGACCAGCUUAAAAACAUCCGUGCCAGAGACCUCUGGGACAGUCAGCCCCUCCGAGCACGCUCCGGAGGCAGCAGCAGAGGAGACAACUGCCUCCCCAGCACAAGUGGCGACCACGGCGCCGGCUCCGGACGCGGUUACCGGCACGUCAUCCCCGGAACUGGCUGAGCAGGAAAACCUCACCCAGGGCCCGGGAGAAAAGCCCGUCCCCACCUCCCAGCCCUGCGAGGGAGAGGAUUGUCCCAGCUCCAGCAAAGGCGCCAUCAUAGCGGUCGUGGUGAUUCUCCUCCUCUUGCUGCUGGCUGCAGCUCUGCUGGCCCUGUGGUUUUUCAAAAAAAGGCAGCAGAAGAAUUCUGUGUAUAAACUCAACGGCAGGUGCCAGCCCAGACAUCACUGCUACCACCACUACCACCACCAGCACAUUGAGAUGCAGAAAGUCUAA